AUGCCUGCGCGCUCCGGACACCUUUUCCCCCCGCUGCCCCGACGGCUGUCCUUGGCCGCGAUGCUGCUGCUGCUGGGCGGCGGCGGGCGCUGGGGCUUCGGCCCACGGGCCUGGGCCCAAGAGCCGGGGGCGCCGGCAGACGGUCCCCCAGCGGCCGGGGGCGCCGAGGCGCAGGACCCGCACGCCAAACACCUGUACACGGCCGACAUGUUCGCGCACGGGAUCCAGAGCGCCGCGCACUUCGUCAUGUUCUUCGCGCCCUGGUGUGGGCAUUGCCAGCGGCUGCAGCCCACGUGGAAUGACCUGGGAGACAAGUACAACAGCAUGGAAGAUGCCAAGGUCUACGUGGUGAAAGUGGACUGCACGGCAGACUCGGAUGUGUGCUCCGCCCAGGGCGUCCGAGGAUACCCCACCUUAAAGUUUUUCAAGCCUGGCCAAGAAGCUGUGAAGUACCAGGGUCCCCGGGACUUCCAGACGCUGGAGACCUGGAUGCUGCAGACGCUGGAUGACGAGCCUGCGGGCCUGUAUGAGCUCUCAGGGAGCAACUUUGAACAACACAUUGCGCAAGGCGACCACUUUAUCAAGUUCUUUGCUCCGUGGUGUGGUCACUGCAAAGCUCUGGCUCCAACCUGGGAGCAGCUGGCGCUGGGCCUUGAACAUUCCAAAACUGUCAAGAUUGGCAAGGUCGACUGCACACAGCACUAUGAACUCUGUUCUAGAAACCAAGUCCGUGGCUACCCGACUCUCCUCUGGUUCCGAGAGGGCAAGAAGGUGGAUCAGUACAAAGGAAAGAGGGACCUGGAGUCGCUGAGAGAGUAUGUGGAGUCGCAGCUGCAGAGCCCAGAGGAAGAAGCCGAGGAGCCCGUGGAGCCUUCUGAGGCCCCAGUGCUGGCUGCGGAGCCUGCUGCUGACAAGGGCACUGUGCUGGCUCUCACCGAAAGCAACUUUGACGACACCAUUGCUGAGGGACUCACCUUCGUCAAGUUCUACGCCCCAUGGUGUGGCCAUUGUAAGAAUCUGGCUCCCACGUGGGAGGAACUCUCCAAGAAGGAAUUCCCUGGUUUGGCAGGAGUCACGAUAGCUGAAGUGGAUUGCACUGCUGAGCGGAAUAUUUGCAGCAAAUACUCGGUCCGAGGCUAUCCCACGUUGCUGCUUUUCCGAGCAGGAAAGAAAGUCAGUGAACACAACGGGGGCAGAGACCUUGAGUCAUUGCAUCAUUUUGUCUUGCGUCAGGCAAAAGAUGAACUGUAA